AUGCCGCCGAUACUGCUGAUGAAACGGACUCUGGAUGACUUGGAAGACCUGGACGACUUUGACGAGAGUGACGAUGAGGAAGAGCUACUGGAACCGCAACCAAAGCGCCUACGAGAAAAGAGCCCCAUUGCAAAAGAGGAGGAUUCAGAAGACGAAGACAACCAGACAGAGGAGAAAGAUGUGGCAGAGAGGGUUGUCGAACUAAUCAUGCCCCGGAUGGAAGCUCAGAUGCAGCAACUGGUGAACAGCGCGGCCAUGCGCAUGCUGGAUGUCCUUGGUCAGAAACUCGCUAGACUGGAGUCGCGUAUGGAUGAGAUGCACAAUGAGUGGAAGAAAGGCACUGGCAUAACCGAUCUGAAGCGACAACCAGCAGUCCAGCAGUACUUUGGACGACCUAUCACCGCCCUCAAGCAAGACACGAACGUCAAUGGCUCCUCCAGCCCUGAAGAUCCCUUGCAAUCCUUCUUCCAAGAGGCCGCCCAAGCAGCAGACAGUCCCACAAUCGUAGGCCCAACCGACAACCGCCGUGUGCCAUUCAUGGCUCGCCGUUCCCGACAACUGUCAACUCCCGGUUUUGCGCGCAACACCCAAUUGAUGUCUCACGGCACCGCCGAAAUCAAUCCAGAGGACGCACCGCAAUACCGCUUGCAACGAGGCUCAGAAAGUGUGAUGCAACUAUGGCACGAAUUCUUCGUCGGUUCUGCCGACAAGCCCGCCAUCAACGAACUGGACCACAAGUACGGCAGUGCCUGGCGCUGGAAGGACAACAAGGAAGGCGUCUACCACAGCAUGCGCCGCGUCGUAAUCGACGAGAUACAAGCGCGCGUCGAAGCCCGCUGUCCUAAUGCUAUAGGCGCGACCGACGACGUCUGGAUCGCCGUAUGCGAGGAAAUGGACGCUGAAAGAUCAAACCUGCAAUUCACCCUCAACCGAUACAUUUUUGAACUCAAGCGUCGAGAUAAACCGGUGCCUGUCNCUGUCGAAAAGAAAUGGGAUCCCGAAGACCCACAUCCGUCCCCUGCUCCAGUAUUGUCGCGAACAACACCUUCAGUGCAAAAACUAUGGACCGAGUGGUUCUCUGGAAAGAUGAAUCACAAUGCUUAUGCCACUUUUCCAUCCAUCAUCCAGUCGAACCACAAAUUCGGAAACACAUGGCGUCAUUCACACACGCCAGAGCACAACGUUUACCUCAAGCGUCGCUGCAUCGUCGACAUUGCACUGCGCCGCAUCGUCGAGAUUGGCGGAGACAAGACCGAGACCACCAGAAAAGUUCUGAAAAUGAUGGAUGCAGAAAGAGUGGCGCACAAUCUUAGUCUGGUGCAAUACCAUGCUUGGGCAAGAGAGAAAUACGGUUAUCAUGCUUCGACACGGACGCAUCUUCCCAAGUUUGUUGCCGACUUGGGAGAGGGACCGGAAGAGGCCAUCGAGCUCGAGGCAAGGACUAGAUCACAACAGGACGAGGAAGAUUGCAUCGUUAGAGAUCAUAGUGCGGACAUCGAUACAGCCAUCUUAGGAAAUGAGCGGCAAAGCGAAAGAAGAAGUGGUCAAGGACAGGAGAGCUCUGUACCACCCUCACCAGCAUCACUUGGUUAG